GACGGACUUUCCGAAGAAAAUUAAUUAAAGAGAAAAGAAAAGCCAAAGAAGAAGCUAGACAAACAGUAAAGUUUGAGACUUUGGUGUUUUUUUUGAGGGUCGAGCAAAAAUGGAGAUGGCGGUGGCUAACCACCGUGAGAGAAGCAGUGACAGUAUGAAUAGACAUUUAGACAGUAGCGGUAAGUACGUUAGGUACACGGCUGAGCAAGUGGAAGCUCUUGAGCGUGUCUACGCUGAGUGUCCUAAGCCUAGCUCUCUCCGACGACAACAAUUGAUCCGUGAAUGUUCCAUUUUGGCCAAUAUCGAGCCUAAGCAGAUCAAAGUCUGGUUUCAGAACCGGAGGUGUCGGGAUAAGCAGAGGAAAGAGGCGUCGAGGCUCCAAAGCGUAAACCGGAAGCUUUCUGCGAUGAAUAAACUGUUGAUGGAGGAAAAUGAUAGGUUGCAGAAGCAGGUUUCUCAGCUUGUAUGCGAAAAUGGAUAUAUGAAGCAGCAGCUAACUACUGUUGUGAACGAUCCUAGCUGUGAAUCUGUUGUCAACACUCCUCAGCAUUCGCUUAGAGAUGCGAAUAGUCCUGCUGGAUUGCUCUCAAUCGCAGAGGAGACUUUGGCAGAGUUCCUAUCCAAGGCUACAGGAACUGCUGUUGAUUGGGUUCAGAUGCCUGGGAUGAAGCCUGGUCCGGAUUCGGUUGGCAUCUUUGCUAUUUCGCAAAGAUGCAGUGGAGUGGCAGCUCGAGCCUGUGGUCUUGUUAGUUUAGAACCUAUGAAGAUUGCAGAGAUCCUCAAAGAUCGGCCAUCUUGGUUCCGUGACUGUAGGAGCCUUGAAGUUUUCACUAUGUUCCCGGCUGGUAAUGGUGGCACAAUCGAGCUUGUGUAUAUGCAGACAUAUGCACCAACGACUCUGGCUCCUGCCCGCGAUUUCUGGACCCUGAGAUACACUACGAGCCUUGACAAUGGCAGUUUUGUGGUUUGUGAGAGGUCACUAUCUGGCUCUGGAGCUGGGCCAAAUGCUGCUUCAGCUUCUCAGUUUGUGAGAGCAGAAAUGCUUUCUAGUGGGUAUUUAAUAAGACCUUGUGAUGGUGGCGGUUCAAUUAUUCACAUUGUCGAUCACCUUAACCUCGAGGCUUGGAGUGUUCCGGAUGUGCUUCGACCCCUUUAUGAGUCAUCCAAAGUCGUUGCACAAAAAAUGACCAUUUCCGCACUGCGGUAUAUUAGGCAAUUAGCGCAGGAGUCUAAUGGUGAAGUAGUCUACGGAUUAGGAAGGCAGCCCGCUGUUCUUAGAACCUUUAGCCAAAGAUUAAGCAGGGGUUUUAAUGAUGCGGUUAAUGGUUUUGGUGACGACGGGUGGUCUACAAUGCAUUGUGAUGGCGCGGAAGAUAUUAUCGUUGCUAUUAACUCUACAAAGCAUUUGAAUAAUAUUUCUAAUUCUCUUUCGUUCCUCGGAGGCGUGCUUUGUGCUAAGGCUUCAAUGCUUCUCCAAAAUGUUCCUCCUGCGGUUUUGAUCCGGUUCCUUAGAGAGCAUCGCUCCGAAUGGGCUGAUUUCAAUGUUGAUGCAUACUCCGCCGCUACACUUAAAGCUGGUACCUUUGCUUAUCCGGGAAUGAGACCGACAAGGUUCACUGGGAGUCAGAUCAUAAUGCCACUAGGGCAUACAAUUGAACACGAAGAAAUGCUUGAAGUUGUUAGACUAGAGGGUCAUUCUCUUGCACAAGAAGAUGCAUUUAUGUCCCGGGAUGUCCAUCUCCUUCAGAUUUGUACCGGGAUUGACGAGAAUGCCGUUGGAGCUUGUUCUGAACUGAUAUUUGCUCCGAUUAAUGAGAUGUUCCCGGAUGAUGCUCCACUUGUUCCUUCUGGAUUUCGAGUCAUACCCGUUGAUGCUAAAACGGGAGAUGCACAAGAUCUGUUAACCGCUAAUCACCGAACGUUAGACUUAACUUCUAGCCUCGAAGUUGGUCCAUCACCAGAGAAUGCUUCUGGAAACUCAUCUUCUUCUAGCUCAAGCUCGAGAUGUAUCCUCACUAUCGCUUUUCAAUUCCCUUUUGAAAACAACUUGCAAGAAAAUGUUGCUGGUAUGGCUUGUCAGUAUGUGAGAAGCGUGAUUUCAUCAGUUCAACGUGUUGCAAUGGCGAUCUCACCGUCUGGGAUAAGCCCGAGUCUGGGCUCCAAAUUGUCCCCGGGAUCUCCUGAAGCUGUUACUCUUGCCCAGUGGAUCUCUCAAAGUUACAGUCACCACUUAGGCUCGGAGUUGCUGACGAUUGACUCACUUGGAAGCAACGACUCGGUAUUAAAACUUCUAUGGGAUCACCAAGAUGCCAUAUUGUGUUGCUCUUUAAAGCCACAGCCAGUGUUCAUGUUUGCGAACCAAGCUGGUCUAGACAUGCUAGAGACAACACUUGUAGCCUUACAAGACAUAACACUCGAAAAAAUAUUUGAUGAAUCCGGUCGAAAGGCUCUCUGCUCCGACUUCGCCAAGCUAAUGCAACAGGGAUUUGCUUGCUUGCCUUCAGGAGUCUGUUUAUCAACGAUGGGAAGACAUGUGAGUUAUGAACAAGCUGUUGCUUGGAAAGUGUUUGCUGCAUCUGAAGACAACAACAACAAUUUGCAUUGUCUUGCUUUCUCUUUUGUAAACUGGUCUUUUGUGUGAUUCGAUUGACAGAAGGAAAAAGACUAAUUAAAAUUUACGUUAGACGGCUCAAAUUUUUGGUUGUUGUUUAGGAGUCUCUGUCUUGAUUUUUAAUUAUUAUGAAUUUAUGAUCAAAUGUUGUUACUCAUUUUUUUUCUUUCAUAAUGUAUUUGGUUUUAACGAUGUGACCAAUCUCUAGAUAUAAAGGAAAAGAUGUGAC